UGCGGCGCCGCGGUCUGUGAACUUCUCUGACCACAAAACAAGCGAGAAACUCCCUCACCGCGCUCGGAUUUAACAAAAGUGGGAGACUGUACAGUCACUUCUGACCUGCGGGUGGACUACUGCAAUUCAGAACCAGUCGCGCGCCCUUUUCUGUUAUUAAACGCGAGCGUUUGCGGUGGUUUAGAGCGCGUCCUGUUUGCACAGAGAUCAGGCUGCGGGAACCGCGAGGGGACAGAGAGAUGACCGCCGAGAAAGAGAAGAAGAGGUGCAGCUCAGAGCGGCGUAAGGAGAAAUCUCGAGACGCGGCGCGCUGCAGGCGGAGUAAGGAGACGGAGGUGUUUUAUGAGCUGGCCCGCCAGCUGCCUCUCCCACACAGCGUCAGCUCACAUCUGGAUAAAGCCUCCAUCAUGAGACUGGCCAUCAGCUACCUGCAGACACGCCAAAUCCUCACCUCAGCCUGUACCGCUGCCACAGAGACGACAGACGUAGACAGACUGAUGGACAGUUGGUAUCUAAAGUCACUGGGCGGCUUCAUUAGCGUGGUAACAUCAGACGGAGACAUGAUCUUCUUGUCAGAGAACAUCAACAAAUUCAUGGGUCUCACACAGGUGGAGCUCACAGGGCACAGCAUCUUUGAUUUCACACACCCCUGUGACCACGACGAGAUCCGCGAGAACCUCAGCCUCAAAGCCAACACUGGAAAGAAAGGCAAGGAGCUGAGCACAGAGAGGGAUUUCUUCAUGAGAAUGAAAUGCACAGUCACGAAUCGCGGGCGCACAGUCAACCUCAAGUCAGCCAGCUGGAAGGUGCUGCACUGCACAGGGCACCUGAAGGUGUGUAACGGCUGUCCCACACGAGUGCUGUGUGGAUUUAAAGAGCCACCGCUCGCCUGUGUGGUCAUGAUGUGCGAGCCCAUCGCCCAUCCAUCAAACAUUGACACACCACUCGACAGCAAGACCUUCCUGAGUCGCCACAGCAUGGACAUGAAGUUCACUUACUGUGAUGACAGAGUCACUGAGUUGAUGGGUUACAGUCCUGAAGAUCUUCUGGGCCGGUCGGCGUAUGAGUUCUAUCAUGCUCUGGACUCCGAAAGCGUCACCAAAAGCCACCAGAACCUGUGCACUAAAGGCCAGGCGGUGAGCGCUCAGUACAGGAUGUUGGCUAACCGGGGCUAUGUGUGGGUGGAGACCCAGGGUACCGUCAUCUACAACAGUCGCAACUCUCAGCCCCAGUGCAUUGUGUGCGUGAACUACGUGCUGAGUGACGUCGAGGAGAAGUCCAUGAUCUUCUCUACGGACCAGACCGAGUCUCUGUUCAAGCCUCAGCACUUGAACCGUUUCUUCAGUUCACAAUGGUCUGCUAGUUCUCACCAUCUCAGACCUGGACAGGACAAAAUGAGAUACAUGAAGCCUGUAAAAUUUGUCCUUAAAUUAGCUACAAGAUCAAAGUAG